AUGCCGUGCGAUGCCUAUCUCAACAUUCAUGCUAUUGUUCCUGGCUUGGAGACCCCAUUCCAGUUGAUUAUGGCAAGUACUAUGUCAACAGAUGCGUCAGGAAAGCGAUGUUUUGUGACCAUCGGGGCUACGGCAUCUUUUAACAGCCUCAUCCGAGCGGUGCUAGCGCCAGACUUCAUUGCUGCCCUCAAGAAAGCAGAAUACACUGAGCUAAGGGUACAGUAUGGCAAUGAAGAGGGAGGGACCAUCUUUCGUUCUGGGGUCGACGACCUAAACAACACAUCUGGAUCACAGGAUUUCAAUGUGACUGGUUUUGGCUUCAAUUCGACAGGCCUCGGAAGUGAGAUGUUGGCGGCCAAAGGUCGGACCACAGACGACGAGGGCCUGGUCAUUAGUCAUGCAGGUUCGGGGUCUAUUCUCGACGCUUUGAGAAUCGGCGUUCCUCUCGUGGUUGUGCCCAACACAGAUCUCUUGCACAAUCAUCAACUUGAACUUGCCGAAGUUCUGGAGCAGCAGGAAUAUGUCAUUCAUGGCAAGCUCGAUGAUUUGAAAUCAUCCAUUCCUCAGGUCGAGGCGCUACGAAAGAAGAGCAGACAGUGGCCGCCUCUUCGCUCGGAUGCACACAAAUACAAAAACGGACUGACAGAUGUGAUUGCCGAAGAAAUGGGAUGGCAGAUGGAUUGAGCAACCGUCCCAGAACUUACUGAUCUCACUGGACAGCCCAGGACUGCGGAGGUUCCUAUGAAGCUGUUCAGCCCUCAGCUUGUUUGUCCAGCAUCUGUUGCGAAGGUGGCAUAAGGCGCUCCCAGGAUAUGACAGUGAGGCGCCCCCCUUACCUGUCGGCGCGUGGACCACGGACCAACAAUGAGCUCUUUCACUUGUUUCGUCAUCAGGCCUUGCAACUCUAAAGGCUGGGCCAGUAAAAGAUCCGUCAGCCUGGAAGCUUCGGACCGUCCAAAGCGAAACGUCGCCAUCCAUUUGUUAGGUCUCGGCGAGCAGCAGCACUGUCGCAGGCACGAAGUCUUCAUCGGCGGUCUGUAAAUACAUGUGGAGAGCGAAAGUCAUCACAUGCAGACCAAUAGAAGUCGAAUGCUUACGACGAUGCAAACGGCGCCAAUAAUAUGGAUGCAUGGCCGAAGAUGCGCCUCGCAUCGAACGCUGUAGGCCUACAAUCAGCUACGGCGUUGAUGGGUUGUCAACAACAACACACCGCCAACAGAAAACCGAAAACAGCCAUGCGACAUGUCGAUCCUGUUGACUGUUUGGAAAUUUGACCACGUAUAACCAGCUACAAGAGCACUACUGCUCCAUAGAUGCUACGUACAGAGUAGGAGAUCGAGCCUAUUACGGUUAGGGAUCCCCGGGGGAGGGGUCCCUAAAUCAGACAAUACCAAACAAUCUGCCUACGAAGUAGCCUCUCGCAUGGGAUGCACAAGAGGGUUUGUGAUGGAUCGAGACAGUGGCAGCACUCAGAGCUUUAUGAUGCAAUAAAUGGUCCAUUCGGGCCAUUCCGAGCGACGAAGCGCGGCUCCGCUGCACCUCGCAUGGAUCUAAGACGCCUGUGUGGCGCACAACAUCUCGCUGGGAGCUCGGUGUCCACCCACAGUGACCACCUCUCUCGGCAACCCAAAAGCACCCAAACUUUACAGUUUGAAGGACGUGA